CAGCUUCCCUGGAGACAGAGGCGGGCUGGGAGCCGGAGCUUCCUGCUGGAACUCAGGAGGCCUCUUUUCGGGUGGGGGCUGGGGGCCAGGCAGAUAGAAAGUGUCCGCCAGCUGAAGACUCCAGGGCACUACAUGACCGCUGUCCCCGGUGGACAUGGGGAGGAAGCUGGUGAUGGCCCAGAGGCGGGGAGAGACUCGAGCCCUUUGCCUGGGCGUGGCCAUGGUGAUGUGUGCCAUCAUCGCAUACUACAUCCUGUGCACGACAUUGCUGCCUCUCUACGAGAAAAGUGUGUGGACCGAGAAAUCCAUGUGCCACCUGAUUGAGACCAACAUCAGGGACCAGGAAGAGCUGGAGGGCAAGAAGGUGGCCCAGUACCCGUGCCUGUGGGUCAACGUGUCCACGGUGGGUCGGUGGGCUGUGCUGUACCACACAGAGGAUACUCGGGACAAGAACCAGCAGUGCUCCUACAUCCCAGACAGCCUGGACAACUACCAGAAGGCCCGAGCGGACGUGGAGGGAGUGAGAGACAACUUCCACGCGGCCCGGGUUUUCUUCUGCUUCUCGACGACUCAGGAGAACGAGACCAGCGUCCUGUACCGGCGCCUCUAUGGGCCGCAGACCCUUCUCUUCUCUCUCUUGUGGCCCACCUCCCUGCUGACCGGUGGCCUCCUCAUUAUCGCCAUGGUGAAAAUCAACCAGUCCCUCUCCAUCCUGGCAGCACAGAAGUAGACUCGUCCAUGCCACGCCACUGCUCGGGCGGCAGGGGGCUCGGGGGGAACCCCAGGCUGUGCCCAUGUCUCUUCCCCUGCCUUUCCACUCUCCCUCUGCAGACCGUCCUGUCUUCCAGUGCACGGCUGGCCUUUGUUAACUCAUUUCCUGCUCAAGAGUGUACAGUGGCUCCUGAGGGCCUCAGAGAGCACGAGACCAGCCAGUUACAGCUCUCCAUUACCUGUCCCCACUCAGCUGACCCAAGCCCAUUUCUUGCCACACCACUAACUCCCCCGACAGACAAUGGUGAUUCUGAUCUCUGUGCCUGUGGUGGUUCGAAAAGGCCUGCCUGUCCUGCCCAGGAAGCCAUCCUUGGCAAACCUCAGUCCCGCCUUUGAAUUUCAUAAUGAACACAGCAGUGGCUCCUACAUAGAGAGCACAUUUAGAAUACCUCUUGCUUUUAGGUCACUAAGUGCCAUGUAUAUUUUUAUCCCAAUAUUAAUAAAUAUAUAAAAAAUAACAAGAGGAAGCGUGUUGCAACCCCGGAACCUGGUGGGGCCCUCGGGUAGGUCAGGGACCGGACAGCUGGGCAUCGAAUCUGUAUCAAUACCUGUCACUUCCAACCAGGAGCCCUGACGCAUCCCCAUGCCCUCCAGGCCCUUAUCUGCGGACUUUCCUUCUACAGAGACACAGCACGUCAUUCCCCAGCGUCUCUCCCUCCAGGGUCCGGGCAGUCAAAAGUUCUCCUAGUCUUUUAAGACCAACUAUCACAUUGCACUCUCUUUCCACGAGAGGUUGCCAUUGGGGGAAUUAGGUAAAGGGUCCCUGGGAUCUCUGUAUUAUUUUUUGUAACUAACUGCAUGUGACUCCGCAAUUAUCUCAAAAACUUAAGUUUAAGUGCAACAAA